AUUUAAAAUAUUUUUCAUUAUGGCAGAGGUUGAAUAAUUAUCAGAAGAGCUCACUACCUUAAAAAGAGUUGUCUAAACUUCUUUACAUAGAGGAUAAUUAUCAAAGGGUGUACAUGAAGUCUGCAAAGCAAUUGAAAGCAAAUAAGCUAAGUUUAUUGUGUUGGCUGAUGAUUGUUCAGAGGAGACAUACAAAAAAUUAGUUGUUGCUUUGGCUAAGCAAUUCCAAAUUCCAGUUUGGAGAGUCGAGAAGGGUGCUUUGUUGGGAGAAUGGAUCGGAAUUUCAAAGUUUUUGACAAAGACAAAGAAAAUCAAGUCAAGAAAGUGUUCAUCUGUGGCAGUUAAAGAUUUCGCAAUUGAAGUCAGCGAGGCUGAAAAGCAAUUCAUUGAAGAUAAAAUUAAAGGAUUGUGAGAGUAUUUUAUCUGUACAACAUAUAAAACAAGUAUAUUAAUGUAUAUUUAUCGUAA